AUGAAGGAGAUCACUAUUGAUGAAAAUGAAAGUGCCAUCAGUGUAAGCAGGAGGGUGCUAAGUGGCUCAGAAACCCAUGAAAGAAUUCAUGAAACGGAAAUAGGUGUCGAUGGUACUGUAUGGACAAAAAUUGCCGAAGGUGGUACUCCAGGAAGGUCAUCAUAUAAUUGUGUCUUCAAGGGUAUGAAAGGGCCAACAAGCUAUGCAAAAAAGAAAAUUAUUAUAGGUGAUUUUGUCAGUGCAUUUUCGUUGAUAAUAGAUAAUUAUAUUAUCAAACACAUAAAACAGUGCACAGAAGAAGAGGGCAGUCGAAUUUCGGAGUACGAUUGA